AUGAUGAGAGCUGGGAGUAUUGAAGAAUUCUUGCAAAGGACACCUGGAGAUCCAAUGGAUCAGCAAGCAGAGGAGGGAUCCCUUUCCCUUGCACACUGGGAAGCCCAGUGGCAGGAGUUUCUCAGGACAGUGGAAAAACCCCUCUCUGGAUGCGGAAUCCCACAGUUGCCAGAGAAACCUUCACACUGGGAAGACGCCAAGGCCUUCCUGGCCUCGUUUGAGCAAGUGGCCGAAGCCUGUCGAUGGUCCAAACAAGAGUGGGUGACCCAACUCCUCCCAGCCCUCAGUGGAGAAGCUGAGGGGGCCUUUAACAGUCUGGAUCUCACAGAAAGAGAGGAUUAUGGGAAGGUAAAGGCAGCUAUCUUGCAUGGGGACACCCUGAGCCGGGAGAAGCAGCGUCAGCAGUUCAGGCAUUUCUGCUACCAGGAGGCCGAGGGGCCGAGAGGGACGUACAGACGACUGCGGGAAAUGUGCUGUGGGUGGCUGAGAGUGGAGAAUCACAGCAAGGAGCAGAUCCUGGAGUUCUUGAUCUUGGAGCAGCUGCUGAGCAUCCUGCCAACAGAGAUCCAGAGCUGGGUGAGGAAAAGUGGCCCUGAGAGCUGCUCCCAGGCAGUGGCCCUGGCCGAGGAGUUCCUCUUCAGGCAGGGGAAGAAGGUGAGGCCCCUCUGA